AUGAUGGGCAAUGAUGAACAGCCGCAGGAAAACAAGAACACAAACCCUCCAACACCGCUGAAUCUACAAACUCAUUCGUUUUCUUCCCUCCCAGAUGAAAUCGCUGAGAACAUUCUUGCUCGUGUCUCUAGAUGCAACUACCCUACUCUCUCUCUCGUCUCCAGGAGAAUCCCUUCUCUCCUCUCUUCUCCCGGACUGUACCAGACACGUUCUCUCCUCAGAACCACCGAACCAUGCCUCUAUCUCUGCCUAAAACAUUCCGAGGACCAACCACCUAAAUGCUUCACUCUUUGGAUGAAACCUGUUGCUGAAACCCUAACCGAGGACGACAAUCAUCUUCUUCCACAUGAAGACGACGACAACCCUCUUCCACAUGGUGACUAUUCGUUGUUUCCGGUACCUUCUUCUACGAAUCCUACUCUCGUACCAUAUUAUUGCAUGGUAGCGGUUGGUUCGGAACUCUACAUAAUCGGUGGUUCUUACGAGACGCCGUCUUCAGCUGUUCGUAUUCUUGAUUGUCGUAGUCACACUUGGCGUGAUGGCCCUAGUAUGUUGGCGGCUCGGAUGUGUGUCUAUGCGGUUUUACUCGAUGAGAAAAUAUAUGUGAUGGGACGUCGGGGGACCAGCGAGUCUCUGGCUUGGAUAGAAGUAUUGGACUUAAAGACUCAGACAUGGAGACACGUGCCGAGCCAUGGAGACAAUUACGAUUGGUUUGUGAUUAACGUGUUUGAAGGAAAGAUGUACGCAAUUGCUCAAGAGAAGAGCUAUGCAUAUGACCCGCAAGAAAGUAGGUGGGAAGUUGUGGAGACGCACAGUGGCUUCAGAUUUAUAAAUGAUUGGUGUGUGAUAGAUGAUGUAAUGUAUUGUUUUUCAAUCUCGGGUUAUUGCAUGUGGUUUGACUCCAAAACUAGAGACUGGAUAAAUGUCAAGGGUUCGGAUUUGGAAGUAUUGCGCACGCAUAAAACAUGGAGGUAUGUAUAA